AUGAAUUGUAAAAGGUGUAUUGUUAACAUUGUUGCGCCGAAAUCACUCUUGACGUAUUUCACGAAAACGUUGACUAUCUUCAACAAAAACACGUGCUUUUGUGGUUAUGCGAAUAAACGAGAAUUUGCCACGGCUACAACUGAUGUCGCCACCACCAACACUCUUACUCCUCUCAUAGAAACAAACCCCGACUUUGUUGAUGUUGUUCAGCGCCCAAAAGCUGGUGACUUUAAACUUUCAAAACCAUUUUUGGCAAAAUAUAAGGACGCUAUACCUCCCUUUGGGUUCAAUGGGCUUGGUGAAAUUGUAUAUCGGCGUAGUUAUUCUCGGUUAAAGAAAGAUGGAGAGAAAGAGCAGUGGUGGGAAACAGUUGAAAGGGUCGUCAAUGGAACAUUUAAUAUUCAGAAAAGGUGGCUUGAACAAAAUGAACUUGUUUGGGAUGCAUCUCAAGCACAACCAACUGCACAAAUUAUGUAUGAUAAAAUUUUCAAUAUGAAAUUUUUGCCUCCCGGAAGAGGUUUAUGGGCAAUGGGGAGUCCUCUUACCGAAGAACGUGGUAUGUUUGCCGCGUUAAAUAAUUGCGCAUUCGUAAGUACAGAAAAUAUGUGGGAUGUCGGUCCUAGUACACCUUUUACGUUUUUGAUGGAUGCAUCCAUGUUGGGAAUUGGUGUUGGAUUUGAUACAAAAGGUGCCGCGGCUGCAAAAGCUAAACAAAAUCUAGUCACACCGCCAAAUCAUUCAAAGCCAGUGAAUAAAUAUGUAAUAGAAGAUUCUAGAGAAGGUUGGGUGAAAUCUGUUGGAAUGUUAAUUGACUCAUAUCUCGAGAAAAAUGUCGCACCUUGUGAAUUUGAUUAUUCUCUUAUAAGAUCUGCUGGACAGCCUAUAAAGGGCUUUGGUGGUGUAUCUUCUGGUUCUACUCCCUUAAUCCAUCUACACAAUCGGAUUCGACAAACUCUGGAAAAUCGUGUCGGCGCACCAUUAAGCGUCACUGUAAUUGUUGAUAUAAUGAAUUUUAUCGGAAAAUGCGUAGUCAGCGGAAAUGUUCGAAGAACGGCAGAAAUUGCGUUCGGUGAUCCCUUGGAUAAUGAAUACAUCGAUUUAAAAAACUAUUUGGUGAAUCCACAUCGAAGUGAGUAUGGAUGGACAUCUAAUAAUUCGGUGUUCGCGCCAUUAGGCUUAAAUUACGCAAAAAUAUGUGAUCGCGUGGUUAAUAACGGAGAGCCAGGUUUUGCAUGGUUGGAAAAUGCACGAGCUUAUGGUCGUAUGGCCGAUCCAGUGAGCUAUAAAGAUCGACGAGCCCAAGGUGGUAACCCUUGUCUAGAACAGACCCUCGAAUCUUACGAACUUUGUUGUCUCGUGGAAGUUUUUCCGUGCAAUCACGCGACAUUCGAUGAUUUUCUCGAGACGCUACAGAGUGCGUUCCUAUAUGCCAAAACUGUGACUUUGGCAAGAACUCACUGGGCGCAAAGUAACGCUGUCAUGCUAAGAAAUCGUAGAAUUGGGUGUGGCUUGAGUGGGUGUGCACAGUUUAUUAGUCAGCGAGGCCUUGAUGAAUUCAAACUUUGGUGCGAAAAAGGAUAUGCUUAUAUACAAGAAAUUGAUGAGACAAUCUCUGAAUGGUUUUGCAUACCCAAAUCCAUCAAAACAACGACCAUCAAACCAAGUGGUACCGUUUCGCUUUUAGCCGGAGCAACCCCCGGAAUGCACUAUCCGGAAUCACGAUACUGUAUACGUCGUGUUCGCAUUUCGAAACAUUCAGAGUUGGUUGAGCCCCUGUCGAAAUACGGGUUUAAGGUGGAGCAAGACGUCGUGGAACCGAACUCUCUUGUCGUUGAAUUCCCGAUAGAUCACGGCGAGGGAAUAAGAAGUUUAAGUGAAGUGAGCAUGUGGGAGCAGUUAAGCUUGGCGGCAUUUUUGCAAAAGUAUUGGUCUGAUAAUCAGGUUAGUUGCACAGUAACAUUUGAUCCUGUGACCGAAGCUCAACAUUUAGAACAUGCUCUUAAUUAUUUUCAAUAUCAAUUAAAAGGUGUCUCCUUUCUUCCACGGCUAACACAUGGGGCAUACCCACAAAUGCCUAUAGAGGCAAUAACAGCAGAGCAAUAUGAUGCAAUUCUCGUGUCUCUUCCUCCACAACCGGCCCCACACUCACCUAAACCUCCAAAAUCCGCAUCAAUAACGGGCAAGAAACACAAAUCAAUAAGACUGGAUUUCCGUGGUGUAAAGUCCAAAGAUAAAUCUGACCCGGAUAUGGAAAGAUUUUGUGAUUCGACUAGUUGUGUGAUUGACGCUAUCCCGAAAGGCAGAGGGAUAAAAAGUAGAGCGAUAUCCGGCGCGGAACAAGAAUGUCAGUAG